AUGAAGCACUACCAUUUUGAGAGCAAGCCAGUCGCUCACAAAGAUGCCAUCGUCUCUGGUCCCCAUUACCGCUUCACAGUUCUGACUGACCGCCUGCUCCGCUACGAGUGGUCCUACGAUGGCGAGUUCGAGGACCGCGCCUCUACCUUCGCUAUCAAUCGGGAGUUCCCAGUGCCCAAAUUUCAGGUCGUGGACCGAUCGGACGAGCUCGAGAUCAUCAAUGAUCAUUUCCACCUAAGCUACGACAAGAAGCGGUUCAGUCCGAGUGGAUUGUUGUGUAGCUUUUCCGCCAAGAUUACGCUCUGGGGCGCACAGUGGCGGUAUGGCGUCGAGCCUAUCCACGGUAGUCGAGAGAACCUGGGCGGAACAGCACGAACAUUGGAUGAAGUUGAUGGGCGUUGUGAUGUCGGGACCGGCGUACUCUCGACAUUCGGGUACGCUGCCCUCGAUGACAGUAAGUCAAUGCUCUUCGAUGGCCAAGGUUUUGUCGCUGGUCGACGCCCUGGGGAUCGCAUCGAUGGCUACUUGUUUUGUCAUGGGCAUGAUUACAAGGGUGCCAUAAGAGACUUUUACAAGGUCAGCGGCAAACAGCCCGUGCUACCCAGAUGGGCCCUUGGCAAUUGGUGGUCGAGGUACUAUAAGUACCAUCAAGAUGAAUACAUCGGCUUGAUGGACGAGUUCAAAAGGAAGGCCAUCCCCCUGUCGGUCGCAGUUGUGGAUAUGGAUUGGCACAUGGUAGAUGACCCUCAGGUUCCGCACGCUGGCUGGACGGGUUACACAUGGGACAAAAAGCUGUUCCCUAACCCCGCUGUCUUUGGACGUGAGAUACACAGCCGGAACUUGAAGAUAACACUGAACGAUCAUCCACACGGCGGGAUUCACCACCACGAGGAUUCGUACGAGGAGAUGGUGAAGUUCUUGGGCCACGACACGUCGAAAAAGAAUCCCAUACUGUUCGAUCCCACGACUCGCAAGUUUAUGGAAGCAUAUUUGGACAUUCUCCACCGGAACGUGGAAAACGUGGCAUGUGACUUCUGGUGGAUAGACUGGCAGCAAGGCUCUCACACAAAAGUGCCGGGUGUUGAUCCUUUAUGGCUGCUGAAUCACUUCCACUUCCUCGACAACGCGCGUGACGGCAAACGCCCGCUCAUCUUCUCUCGAUAUGCCGGUCCCGGAAGUCAUCGAUACCCAGUGGGCUUCUCAGGGGAUUCCAUCACGACGUGGGCUAGCCUGGAAUUUCAACCGGAGUUCACGGCCACAGCUUCCAACAUCGGGUAUGGAUGGUGGAGCCACGAUCUCGGCGGCCACUUUGGCGGUUCACGCGACGACGAACUCGUAACCCGAUGGAUAGAGUUCGGAGUCUUCAGCCCCAUUUUCCGGCUACAUUCGUCGAACUCGAGGUGGUCGUCAAAGGAACCUUGGUCAUACCGCAAGGAGAGCGAAGAGAUCAUGGAGAGCUUCAUGCGUUUCCGCCACCGCAUGAUACCCUAUCUGUACACCCGCAACGUUCUGGCUUCAACCGAGGACGAGCCACUCAUUCAACCGAUGUAUUGGUUGUUCCCGGAACGUGGUGAGGCAUAUCAGGUUCCUAACCAAUAUUUCUUUGGCUCAGAGCUGAUUGUGGCUCCAAUUGUCAAACCCCGCGACAAGAGGACCAACCUCGGCCAUGUCAAGGUGUGGCUGCCGCCGAUGCACCGGCACGUCGAUAUAUUCACAGGUACAGUCUAUGAUGGAAACAGGGAAUUGAACAUGUACCGACCCCUCUGUCAGAUCCCCGUGCUGGCUCAUGAAGGAAGCAUCAUUCCGCUAGAUGCAAACGAGAAACCCGGGAACGGAGGUCUCAAUCCUGAAGAGUUCGAGGUCCUGGUGGUCGUUGGACGCAACGGCCAGACUUCUGUGCUUGAGGAUCCUGCGGAUGACUCCGAGCAAGUCAAGAAAGAGAGCCCUCCGACCAACGAGCGUGGCUCGCUCAUCCAGUACAAACAGGAAGAAGGUGAACUCACUGCCCAUGUGACAGGUCGGACCUGGAGUUUCCGCUUCCUAGCCAUUGCGAAAAUUCCCCAGGAUCUGAAGGUCACCGUCGAUGGGCAAGAUCGCACCAGCGACACAAACAUCAUCGUCUCAAAGUUCCCAGAAGCCCCUUCAAUGCUGGUCCAGGUGCCUCCAGCACUUCACAAGGAGAAAUACACCCUUACCAUCUCACUGGGUACCGACCCACAGCUGAGUGUCAUCGAUCAUAGGGAGCGCAUUGAAAAGUUAUUGCUGGAUUACCAGACGGAGUUUGACAUCAAGGACAGGAUCUGGAGUAUUGUGGACAACAAGGAGGGGGCGAUUAAUAUCAAAAUUGGGAAGUUGAUGAGUUUAAGUGUGGAUGAAACUUUGACGGAGCCCAUCGCAGAAUUGAUCUUGAGCGACGUGAGAGGGAUGCAUUUGUGA